AAAAGUUAACGAAAUUUAGAAUGUGGGCAAAAUUAUCUUAAAAUAAGUAGGUAGAUAGGUAUUCAUUUACACCAGAUAAACCCAAUUAGUUACCUAUUGCGACUGACGUGAAAUAAUUGAUAAUAAGUACAUAAUACGUUUUCUUGACUUCAUGGAAAAGAAAGAUGGUAUUCCUAAAAAUAACCCAUUUUUAUUAUUUUUGAGAUUGGAAACUAUAAAGUAAUUAAGUAACAUAAAAAUUUGUAAAUAUAAUCUCCGGAGUAUGCGCAUGCUUUUUGGAUUCUGAGGAAAGAUUUAGGUGUUAGGGAUGUUUAAAGCAUCGACGAAUUAAAUAAUAAGCGGCCAAUCUCCGUGUCAGGCUAGAAUGAACUAUUAAAACACUCGGCGGGCCACGGCAAGCAUCCAACAGUCAUGGACCAAAAUCGAAUGUUGUCUCGCUAAGAGUGCGCGCGCAUGCCGCUACCCCCACCGCACCGCUGCGAAUAUUCAUUGAUGAUCUUACUAAUAUGUAUUUAUUAAUUUUUUUUAAUGGUUUUAUUUCAAAAUGGUUUUUUUUAAUUUCAAUCUUAAGAGAUAUUCAAACAUAGACGCGUAUGAUCUUGGAUGAACAUAAUAAGUAUAUGAAGGUGUCAGUCGUGAGAUAGACGGAGGCUGUGCCGUCGCGGUCGCUAGGCUUGGGCGUCGCUGCGUCUCGGCGUCGCGCCGCGAGCGUUGCGCGCCGCGCCGUGCGCACUCGGCUCGGCUCCAGUCGCCACGCACGCUUGCCUCGCGCUCGGGCGCCCGCGACCCAGUCCGCUCUGACGUUUAAUCGAGCCGCCGGUGUGCCCUAUCGCACCGUGUCCGAUUCACCACCGCAACAUACAUUCUAUCAUAUUUUUAUCGUAUCGGAGGAAUUGGGUGUGGGGGCCAACAGUGGGUAGUGGUCACAGUGAGGUCUAGGCCGCGGUGUCUUGAAGCGGGCGGCAGCACGGGCAGUAGGCGGCGCGCGGCCGCGGGCAAGGCGCCACUGGGCCCGCCCGAGCCAGCAGCUGGCUCUGUUUACAAGCCGCGCCUGCACUCGCGAGCCCCGUGCGUCCGCUCGCUGCAGCACGCAACUCAUUUCCUAUUCGACGCUGUGAAUUUUUAAGUUUGCGACCACCACCAACGUUAGAUAGAGAGGUAUUUGAAAGCUUAUUAACGUCGACUCUCAUUCGAGAGAAGUCGUAGUGCAAUAUUAGUGUCACGAACCGCUCAGAGCACAAGAAUCGAAUCCAAAUUGUCAUUCGAGUGAUAUCACUACUUCAUAAAUAUGGGUGCUAAAGAAAGCGUGGAGGCUGCUAAAUUUUCUGCGCAAAAUUGGAACAAUUUUGAGCAUGGCGCCAGUGUGAGACAUCAGCACCGGCACGGCACUCAGCGGUCGCAGAGUCUCAACCGCGGCCACUCGCUCUCGCGCUCCGAUGGCACCUGGUGACAUCACGGAACCGCGGGCAGCAUAGUGCAGUGCGCCGAGUGCGGAACACGUACGAUGGGCAACAAGCUAUCGGCGUGCUCCUGCGCACCCAUCCUGCGCAAGGCGUACCGCUAUGAAGACAGCCCGUGGCAGAACUCCCGGCGCCGCGACGGACACCUACUGCGACUAUGGGCGGAAGUGUUCCACGUGUCCGCGUCCGGCGCGGGCACGGUCAAGUGGCAGCAGGUGUCGGAGGACCUGGUGCCGGUAAACAUCACGUGCGUGCAGGACUCGCCGGAGUGCGUGUUCCACAUCACCGCUUACAACUCGCAGGUCGACAAGAUCCUCGACGUACGGCUAUUACAACCUGGAACUCGAAUCGGCCAAGCAUCAGAAUGCUUCGUGUACUGGAAGGACCCUAUGACCAACGACACGUGGGGCCUGAACUUCACCUCGCCCAUCGACGCCAAGCAAUUCAAGGAGUGUUGCUCACCAUCCUUUAAAUUCUCGCGUAAGGCAUCUUCGAGCUACAGCCUAAAGCUAGAACCGCCGGGCAGCAAGCAGAAGAUGAAGGCCAAGAGGAAACCUCUCUCCACGCCGGCCAGUCCUAAUCGAUCCAGUUUGAACUACCGCGAGCCACAGUGCACAUGCAUGUCGCAGGAGCAGUAUGCGCGGCUCAGGGCUCAAGAUCCCCGAUACCGUUCCUCGACAUUGCCACGCACGUCAGCGCGCGCCAUGGAAGCAGAGGCGAGUGCGGCUGCCGCACGUACUGACAAGGUGGCUGCGGCGACUUCGUCCACCUCGUUGUACGACAACGUCACCGGCUCACAGCCAGCUCAUCAGCCACCACCAAAACCUGCAGCUCGCCAGACAGACUCGCAGCCGCCGACGCGGCCCCCAAAGUCCCAGGAAACAUCUACUAUGACCACCAACACUUCUACGGCGCCUAAAACCGUUACUGCCUCCGUCGGCACACAUGGCACAAAUACGAACGAAGAUUCCCAAGCGUCGGGCGCGGCUUCAGCGCAGCAUGGUCAGGACCUCAAGUCCGAAGGCGUGCAAGCUGGCGGGACGCUCACAACAUCCAAGUCCUCGUCUACAUCCACUAGGCCCGGCAAGGAACAUCUGCAGCACACCAAAAGCAUCGACUAUGGAGAUGGAAACGAAUCGUCGCGGGAAUCGGACCGACACUCGAUGCACCAUCACAACGUCAUCAACAACAAUACCUCGGGAUCGCGUCGCACAAAGUCAAAGAGCACAGAAGAUAUGAAUAUGGAUUCAAGCACAUUAAAACGCAUGCUCAAGCCGAUGCCCUCAACGGAGAGUCCGGUGACAUCGCCAGAGAUGGGCCGACGGCGCUACGGCGCCGCGGGCCCGUGCCCGCCCGCAUGCGGCGCUCACCCGCACCGCCACGGCCCGCAUCUGCACCACGCGCAUCACACGCACGCCGCCAACAACAACAGCCGACAGCCCUCCCAGCGGUAUUCCUCUGAUAGCCGCGGCGUGGGAGUCGGCGCUGCACCGAGCGGGUACCCCGGCCGCGGCCUGUACCUGGAGCUGGGCGGAGGAGGAGAGCGGGACAUGUCGCCGCCAUCGGACAACGUCAUGUUCGAUAACCAGUGCUACGCGACCACGCCCUCGUCGUCGAACGGCAACUCCGACCAGGAGCCUUGCCAGCGGCGGGAUGGCAGGCAACACCAUCAUCCGCAGCAAAAGCCUUGCUUAUCCCGGCAAGCAUCUCAAUCCAGCGCCACGCCCGCCCCCGGGUCGCCCACCUCGCGCCUGCUUCUCGAGUAUGAAAUGCAUCUCCGCAACACGUUGGCUAAAGGCAUGGACGCCGAGAGCUACAGUCUUCACACCUUCGAGGCGUUGCUGAGCCAGAGCAUGGAGGAUCUAGAAUACAACGACAAUAUGCCGCCUUCGAAUCCGCGAAGCCCCUAUCCACCGCGACGUCGACCGAACCAAGAAUCCGUUCUACACUAUUUGAGAAACCUUACGGAGGCAGCCAUAAGGGCUAGAGGAGGUCCGGCGACGCAGUGUUCCGGCGGUGGUAGCCGGUCGUCCACGCUGCCGCUGCCGCACCGCCUGGGCGUUGAGAGACAGCACAGCGCGCGAUCUGACCGCGACGGAUAUUACAGCGAUCGCAACGAGCUUAUGCGGGAGCGGGAGCGAGAGCGGGAGCGGGGCUACUUAAGCGAUCACAGUUCAAGAGACCGUAUUAGGGACCGAGACCAGGGGUACCUGAGCGACCAUCAAUCAAGUUUUGUAAGUGCGUCCCGUUGCGCAUCUUGUAUCGGCGAAUCUGCGAGGGCCGCAUGGUACCGCCACUCGGACGGCUGGCGGGGCGCGCCCCCGCCCGGCCCGCGCCGCUCCCCCUGGGACUCCCUGCCCAGCUUACGGCAUGAGGGUAGCCUUAACGACUCUGGCUACAGGAGUAACAGAGCUGACAGCUUCGAACAGAGGGGCGUUUUUGAUCGGCAAGAUAGCGUUCGAUCCGAGUAUACCAGCGACCGAGAAUCAUCGCGCUACGGGAUAGUUCAGCAAGCCUCAAUCGACAGCACUGACUCCAGGAUAUGUUACCUGACAUCUAGCGAGAUAUCGGACGACGAUCGUAUGUCACUGACGACGGCGGUGUCAGACGAGGAGGACCCCGGCGAGAGCGCGAUGAACUCACCGUACAAGGGCAAGCAGACCGGCGCUGCGGCGGCCUCUUUCAACUGCACUGGUGCUGUUAGAAAAGCUGGUUUCCUGAGUGUGAAGAAGUGGCUGCUACGCAAGAAACAUCAGAUCGAAUUAGCUCGAAAACGAGGUUGGAAGGGCUAUUGGGUAUGCCUAAAAGGCACCACGCUCCUGUUCUACCCGUGCGACUCGAGGGAGGGCCGCUCCGUCGAGGCGGCGCCCAAACACCUGAUCAUUGUUGACGGAGCCAUUAUGCAGCCCAUCCCUGAACAUCCGAAGCGUGAUUAUAUAUUCUGCCUGAGCACCGCGUUCGGCGAUGCGUAUUUAUUCCAAGCACCUUGCCAAGUGGAAUUGGAGAAUUGGGUGAACAGCAUACACAGUGCCUGUGCAGCAGCCUUUGCACGGCAUCGCGGCAAAACCGGCACCCUCCAUCUGCUUCAAGAAGAAAUUUAUCGUCUCGAGAAAGCCAUCGAAUCUGACCACAAACUGAAACACAUGGCGGACCUACAACAGUCUGUGGUAUCGGACCCCGAGACGCGGGCCCAGCUGGCGGUGCAGAUGCUGCAGUGGGAGGAAAACCUGGAACGGCUGCAUUGCGAACAGUUCCGACUGAGGUGCUACAUGGCCAGCUUACAGAGCGGCGAACUACCUAACCCUAAGUCCCUGCUAACACACGUGUCCCGCGGUACGAAGAGCACGCUGAACAAGCUGGGCGUGUUCACGGUAUCCUCGUUCCACGCGUUCAUCUGCGCGCGCUCGCCCUCGCUGCUGAACAACCUGCUAGCCGGCCGCGGCGCCACCAAGCGUAGGGCGCCAAACCUCUCGCGCUCCAACUCGGGCUCCAGCCGACGAUCUAUGCAGAUGUCACGCGAUGAGGGCGAGGCUGCGGUCAGGGUGUCCUUGCCAGAGGGCACGACCGCAACAGUGGGGGUUCGCGAGGGCAUGACGGUGGAGGAGUUUCUGGCGGCCGCCUGCGCUCGACGCUCGCUCAACGCCCUCGAACACUUCGUCAGAGUGAAGAAACGCCGUGACAUGGAGGAUCACAAUUACUUCGUCCCGCAUCGUAGCGACCUCAUUGAGACUUACUUGCACACACACGAGGUAGUGGAGGUGUGUGCCAAGAUCCUGUACCAAGUGGAACUGCAGAGGAAUACGCUUGAGCAGAUGUGGGGCUUCAGCGUGGAGGCCGAACUCAUCGAGAACGCCGAGCGCCAGGACGAGCUCUGCUGCUACGUCAGCCGUGUCGAGGACAAGAGUGUCGCCAUGCAAAACGGUAUAAUCAAAGGCGACGAGAUAAUGGUGAUCAACGGAGCGAUCGUAUCUGACCUAGAUAUGAUGUACUUGGAGAGCGUAUUGCAAGAGGAACUCUCGCUCGUCAUGAUGAUGAGAUCUUCGCGCACGGAGCCGCCCGAGCUUGCGGGCAUGAUGCGAGCCGCUACCGACGACAUAAUCGACUCGCUCGUGUGCCCGCCGCCGCCCAGCGACCCGCCUGUUAUCUCCGACGACAUGAUCUCCGGCCUGAUCGUCCCGGCACCGGCUUGGAGCAAAGAGUUGUACAGCCCCGACGCGGACGGGCACGGGGACGUGUCCGGCCCGCCUAAAGUCAGCUCCCGAACAAACUCAUUCGAGAUCGAAAACCUGCUCAAGAGCGCGGAGCAAGUGACGGGCUGGUGCCGGUCGCCGGCGGAGACUCGCCGCGGCAGCCCCACGGGCAGCGUGGCCAGCGCCGCCGCCGGCACGCCCUCACGACAUCUCUCUGACGCCGACAAGCUGAGGAAAGUGCUCUCGGAACUCGUCGACACCGAACGCGCUUAUGUCAAGCAUCUUAACAAUUUGUUAGAGAAUUACUUGGAGCCUCUGAAAAGGGAGACUUUUUUAUCGAACGCCGAGAUCAACGCGCUGUUCGGAAACAUACAGGAGAUUGUAACGUUCCAACGGCAAUUUCUGCAAAACUUAGAGGAAGCGCUUGAAUCGGAGCCCAACUUCCAUCACUUUGAAUUUUCAAACCAAUUUAAGAAUAUUCUGUUUGCGGUGGGAAAUGCCUUCCUGUACUACGUAAAUCAUUUUAAAUUAUAUAGCUCGUUCUGCGCUAGUCACAGUAAAGCACAAAAAGUUUUACAUCCAAAUGAAGGCAAUCAGGCACUGCAAGAAUUCUUGGCUGCCAGAAAUCCAAAACAACAACAUUCGUCAACUUUGGAGUCGUACUUAAUUAAACCAAUUCAGCGGAUACUGAAGUACCCAUUACUGCUCCAGCAAUUGAGAAAUUUGACUGAUGCAAAUUCUGAAGAACAUCUACAUUUAGUAGAGGCGUUGAAAGGCAUGGAGAAAGUUGCUGAACACAUCAAUGAGAUGCAACGAAUACAUGAAGAAUAUGGUGCUAUAUUUGAUCACUUGUUUAGACAACACCAAAAGUCUUGCAAGCAACCAAUAGAUCUUAGUCCUGGUGAUUUGUUAUAUUACGGGGGUGUAGAAUGGUUAAAUAUUUCAGACUUUUUAGGUAAAAUAAAGAAAGGAUUGGAACUGCACGCUAUGUGCUUUGUAUUCAAAUCAGCCGUUGUCUUCCUCUGUAAAGAAAGACUGAGACAAAAGAAAAAGUUAAUGGGAGUAUCUUCAAAGAAUAAUUCAAACGAGGUAGAAAUAAUUCGAUACCAAGUGUUGAUUCCCGUGACAGAGGUCCAAGUUCGAGCGUCGUCCGCGAAGGAUAUGGACAGUCACUUCCUUUGGGAGCUCAUCCAUCUUCGCAGUCAGCUACAGCGACGCUCGGAGAAGGUCUACGUGCUGUCAAACAGUACUGCAGAUUUCCGCAACGCAUUCCUGAAGACGAUUCGGCAGAUCAUUCGCGAGUCGGUGCGCAACAUGGCGCUCCCCACAAACCGGCCAGCUCCCAUGCCUCCGCGAGCACCGCAUACGCUCGAGCGAGACCGCCCCAAGCACCAGGUGCAAGUCAUGCAGGGAUCUCAAACACUCGGUAAAACGAAAAAACCUAAAACCUCGGGGCAGCGGUUAUCAGCCGGCAAUAUUGAGGUCGGUGACCUUUCGCGCGAAAACUCCCAAGAUGCCGAAGAGCCACCUCAAGAGGUUGCAGACGAGCCCGCGUUCCGGCACCGGAGCAAAACGCUCGGGGACGCCGCCGAUACCCAAGCCAGUGUAAAGCGCGCGCCGCCGCCGCCGCCGCCCGACACCGACAAGUCCGACCCCGGCUCCAAGUCGGAGGGAGAGGACGAGCACCCGCAACCUCCUCCCAAGCGAGGGUUAGGCAGAACUCCCAACCAUCUGACAUUAAGCACGACGUCGACGCUGAGUGCCGGUAGCACCGGUAGCCAGGCCAAGUUGAUCCAGUCCUCACACCAGCCCACGCAGUACCAACCUACUAUGGUCAAAGAACUUGGAUCGCCCGUGUGGAAACCGCGCGACAUGUUGAGCGAGGCGAGCGCGGGGCCCGGCGGGGCGGGAGCGGCGGGCGGCGCGCCCUCCGCGCCCACCACGCUGCCUCGCUCGCAGCGCCCUGCGCCGCGCGCGCACCACCUCUCCGCGAGCCGCAAGUCGCUUGCGCCGGACCACCGACACUAGACUCCCGCGACCACGACGUUCUGUCCCUCUCCCAUAUGCAUGGCCUCCGACCGACUCCGACUGAGGAAUCUUCGAUUAGCUCGAAGUUCCUUCAGGUCAGUCGCUCGUAGAUAUCCAACUUUCGUCACCCCACUGGUCCCGUUAGUGGAUUAAAAUGUGUGAAUAAUUCUCAUUGCCUACAGCUGGGCUGAUUUUAGCUAAUGAUGAAGUUAAAUCCGUUUUAUACUGUUAAAAAUACAUACAACAGCAAAGAUUCUGUGUUUAUCAUUACAAUACCAAUGCGAUAUAUUUUGUUUCGCGAUUUUCUUGUGUUAAAUAAUUAUCUAAACCUAAUUCGGCACAACCUGUUUUCUUCCCUUUUUAUACAAUGUAAGUCCCGCCGUACUAUAUUUUUAUUGUAACUGACUCGUGAUAUAUCAAUCGCGUUGUUCAUUUAUUCAGAAGCCUGUAGGGAUUUAAAAAAAAAGAAUUCGUUGAGCCUCCGCACUUUUCUGUUCACCUAUGAACUUUUACACGGAUUACACACCAUGUGAAAAAGGAGAUUGAUCAAUUUAUUGUUCACGUUCGUCACAAUAUUAUUUAUUAGAUUUGAAGUUGGUUAAAAUUGUAUUUUUUAUUUACAACUCAUAGUCUCGUUACCUAAUGAAUAUAUUUGAUUUUUCCUGGAAACAAAGCUCAAAUCAUAUUGUAUUCCUACACUCAAUUCCAGUACUAAAAGACUGGAAACUGCGAGUACGCACUUAUGAAUAUAAUUUGUCGAUGAAUAAGUAUUAUGUAAAUUACUUUUUACUUUAAAAUAAAUAACUCAUCUGUGCCACAAUACGAAAUUGUAUCUUAAUAUUUCCUAGUAAAUGCACUUCCUAUCGUACUUAGAACUUACCUACAACUGUCACAUCUAAAUAAAAUACGUAGGUACCGUUAAACUCAUAGAAUCUAAGUUUCAUUUCGACCUAACGUAGCUAAUUGCUAUUUUGAUCGCGCUGCUGUUUUGCUUUCUGACUGGAAUGCUAAAUUCUAUACCUACGUAAUGUUACUACUGGUCAUCUUAUACGAUUUCAAAGUCAUCUGGCAAACAGUAGUGCUUUUAAAUAGGUCUUGUAUAAAAUAAAUGACAAUAUCAAUAGAAUUUCAGGCAAAAACUGAAGUCACAUUCCAGUUUUUGUUCCACUGAUAGUAUAAAAUAAAUCUUGUAUUAUAUUUUAAACCAUUAAACUGAAGAGAUAUCCAAUAAAGACUCUAGCGACAUUAUAUUUACCUAGUAUUUUAAAAGUGACUCAUUUUGUUACUUUAUUGUGUAUAUUAGGAGUUAAAGAGAGUGUUCGAGUGCAUCUUCCUAAACGGACUUCUGUGCCAAAUUAGGUACUCACUCUACCUAUGCUUUAUAAUACUCACAGACAAGAUAACAUAAAUAAAUACUUGUAUGGUAAGAGUAGUUAGCUGUAAUGUACUUGCGUUUCAUUUGGUCGCAUUUGCAAUGCAAAACUCACUACCCUAUAGUUCAAAAUGCACACACCCUAAUGGAAAAGUACACUAGGUAGUUUUGAUAAUAAUUUCUCUUCGUGAUCAAAUUCGAAAGUUCUAUCAUAGGCUAGGCGAAUGUAACAUCUUUCCUAUACACAAUUUUGUUGUUUUGCUUGGCAAUAAAUCAAAAUUUUACCAGAAGUUACUAUAGUAUGCUUGUUGUAGAUGUGUUAUUUGACAUCACGGAUUAGUUGAACUGAACAGGUAGACGUUUGCUCCGUUUCGUCAGCUGCUGACAUACCGUGUAAACAGCGGCAUUCAAAUGUUACAAAUUGAUUUCGUUUUGAUAUCACUCUUAGUUGAAGCGAGUGAGAUACUCUAAAAGUUAUACGGAGAAGAGAUCAAAUUGUGAAGUUUGAAGGCCACUCUUAAGUUGCGCAAGCCGCAUGGGCGCCGGGUUUUGAUACUCUGUUAGUGGCUAACAUAACAAGGCGUCAUAGCCCAACAAUCUUUAAGUAUUUCAAAAUAGCUAUACCGUGAUAUAUUCCAAUGAAUUACGCUCGUGAUUAUUUAUAAAAAAAUAUUUUCUUGUAGUAAAAUAGUGUCAAUAAUAUAACCUACGUGGCGAGCACUGGUUGAUGCGCGCAAUCGUGCAGGCCUGUGCCGUCUAUCCACAUUCUAUCACGCCAAGAUAAUUAUCAUAGGAUUUUUGCCUAACCGUUAAUUUUGACUAAUUAAAUACUAUUAAUGCAUUGUUGCCUCUAGUAUUAUUUAUUUCCCAGUUAUUGUUUUCUGUGUGAAUAUUGUGUAAAGGAAAAUAAAAGAUGUCAAGUUAAAUAGAAAGAUUUUUUUGUUGCUAACCCGAUUAUCACUGCUUCACGACUUCAACAACUACAUUCUAUAACUCGUUUUUUUUUUUGCAUUAGAAAAAUGGGAAACAAUCUAGACAGUUAUUUUUAUUGAAAAACGCUUUAAACAAAUAGUAACUAUUGCUUAUGAAACCAAAGAAUGUAACUAUCUAUCCUUGCUAUAUAAGCGUUACAUAUAUGCUGUAACUUAUUAUUCAAAAGUGUUUUUGAAUAAAAAUACAUCUCAAGAUUAUUUACCCUUUUUCUAAUGCUAAAAAAACGAGGUGUAACAUUUUGUGUACCUGUACAUUCAUUAAAUGCGAGUUCGAAAGAACACAAAAUAGGUUAAGCUAGUGCCACUAACAGAGAGCAUCAUCGCCACUUAGGACAUAUCACCAGCGGAGUGAUCGUCUGGGAUAUACAUUCGUAGUUUUUCUUGCUCUUGUUCACGACACCUAUGUUGAACAUAUUUUACAGUUACCUCACACUAAAUAAUAUUGUAUAUUUAUUAAUAAUUAUUAUGUAGAUUGUGCAAUUAUUUAUGAAUUAUGACCACAAAACAUAAUGAGUAUAUAUUUUGACUUUACGUGCCGUUUAAAUGAUUGUUUUGUGAUUUAUUAAAAUAAAACCUGUUUAUUAAUAUACAUAUGUUAAAAUAUUCGAAUUUAAUAAUUACGAACUUAUACAAUCAAUUUAUAGAUAUUAUUAUACUAAGAAAAUAUAAUUAAUAAAAUGAAUAAACAAAUAUGAGUGAAAAUGAAGAAAGCUCAUUAAUUGCGAAUGUAUUUCAUACUUCAAUGACAUUUGAAAGUAACGUAGGGAAAAUGAGUGAAUAUUUAGAAAGACUUAUUGAAGUAAAUACGAAGGUAAAUACCCUAAUGUUAUAAUAAGUAUUGAACUUUUAUAAGUUUGCGUUGUAUAGUUUAUGACAUAGAUUCAUUUGUGCAUCGUGUAUAGUGAAUCGUUUACUCGCAUGUGUAUUUGUAUUUGAAGCAAAAUAAUUUUCUACCCGUUUUUGAUAAUUGUGUGAAUUGACAAACUACUCCACUGAUAGUGCACAUUAGCUAUCUGAAACUAAAUUUAACUGAGACAUAAUAACUAAUAAUCUUGUUUGUAUUGAAUUACGAUCAUUUUAGUUGCUCGACUCUUACUUGGACCGUAUGCAUUUAGACGCCGGCAGCGCUCGAUGUCUAUUGAUACUUUGCUCAAUACUGUUAAUUUCACUCGAAAGCCUAAAAUUAAAAGUGCCUUCACAUAUUUUGGGAAAGCAAAGUGCACGCACCCUUCCUGAAAUGUGAACACUGCACUAGUGGCAGCAGUUUGUCAACGCCCGCCCCCCGUCUUUCUUUAUAUUUAUGAUUGAUAUGUUUUUGACUCGUUUCACUGUUCGUUUUGUUAAAUUUUGUGACGAAUAUGGAAAUUACUUUUUAUUGCUUAUGAAUAAAUAUGAAAUACAA